CAAUUAAUGGAUCGUUGACGAAUAUACUCCGGGGAGUCUACAGGUAUCCGGUAAUCGGCUUCGACUCCGUGUGGCGGCCCGAAAUUUCUUUGGCCUUUCUCUCAUCUCCGGUUUAUAUACGCGGGGAGGGAGCUUGACCCGAUUCUCUCAGUCGUCCGACACUAAAUCGCGUACGUUAUACCUACUUGCUUCGCCUUCAUCAUCAUCAUGUCCACACCGACCACCAGAUUUUGAGAAGAGGCGGCUUCUCCUGCUCCUUCUCCUUCAUAUACCUAAAUUCAUUUCAUUUCGCGUAUUUUACCCGAUGGCUGAUCGGAAAACUGAGGUCGAUAUUCUGUUUGCUGCUCUCAAGACUGCUAUUCGCCAGCCGCCUCCAGCUUUUAGUUGCAUUGACACUGAAGACACCGAAGAGGAGGUGGAGGAGGAGGAGGAAGAGGAGGAAGAUUAUGAUGAUGACGAUGAGUAUAUUAAGGACGAUAACGAUGAUGGGAAGGCGGAAUUGGCGUGCCCAUUUUGCUCGGAUGACUAUGAUAUCCUCGGAUUGUGCUGCCAUAUUGACAGUGAGCAUCGCGUGGAGACUAAAUCUGGGAUAUGUCCUCUCUGUCCUACAAAUGUGGGGAUUAACAUGGCUGCACAUGUGAUUUCACAACACGUGGAUCUGUUGAAGGCUCUUUCUAAAAAGAAGCUUCAGAAUAGACUGAAUACCAGAGCGCAUUCAAGCUUAUCCUUGUUGAGGAAAGAGUUACAGAAUUUAAAUUUGCAUCUUCACCUCAAGGAGUCUAGUCGGGCUGAUUCAUCCUCCAAUGCGGAUGCUGAUCGUUUGAUGCUUUCAUUUGUCAACAGUCCACAGUCUACUCACAGAGUUGAAACCUUGCAAGCUAAAAACUCAGCUCAAACAAGCUUACAUGGAAGAAGUGAGGAAAACAGUAUUUGUGAAAGAAGCACCCAAGCAUACCCAGUGGAUGAGGACCAAGCGGAGAAGGUCCGAAGGUGUGAUUUCGUGAGCGGGAUAUUGUUCUCGACCAUUUUGGAUGACUUUUUAUGAGUAGGACAAUGCUGUGCCUGCAGCAGUCUUUUACAUGCUAGCCGGGGAAGUCUUGAUGAAAGCUGUGCGCUAACUAGGCAGAUGAUUUAGCAACAAACAUUGCAAAUAACAUUGAAUCUGACAGGUAUUCAAUUAAACUAAAUGUAGUCGGCUGGAACUCAAGAAGUCCCCCAAGUCCUGUGCUGCCCUGCUCUGUUUUUGGCUGUAGCAGUGUCUGAAUGAAUGUAUAUGUGACUGAGAGAUGUACUCUAUUGUUAUAGGACAGACAUGAUUUGGACUUCAAACCAAAUUUACCUCGCACUUAUUAGAUCAAAUUUUAAUUUUUCAUAAAAAUCUUAGCUGAUGUUGCAAGUUAAGGUGCAGUUUCUGAUAUGUAGAAACAUUCCCAUUUCUAAUGAUGAGUAAUGGAAAUUGUGUUUUUCUAGCUUAA